GCCUGUUGACAUCCGGUCUUGAGGUUGCCAGGAAGCAGGGUCAUAGACUCGCAGACAUUUAAGUACUAGGGUGACUGCUGUAGAAUUUAUUUGAAUAGUUUAGAAAUGGCAAAAGGUGCAAUGGAUUCAUCUACCUUCCAGGCUCUUAUGGAUAAGAUUCAUCAGGAAACAACGUCAGCUGAAAGAAAGGUAGAAAUCCUGUACAGCUGCAGGGGAUUUUAUAAUGCAGAUCAGGCUGCCAGACUCCUUCAGUCCUAUUCUAAUCCUGCUGACAAAAUCCGGGUCCUUCGAAUUUUGGAGGCACGAUUGUGUCAAAUGACAUGUCGAGAAGGAAGAGAAAUAAUAAAUGCUGUCAGCAUUCACAACGACAAAUUAAUCGCUUUAGAUUGCAUUAAGAGAGUACUUUCAGACUACCAGAAUAAGUUGGGCGAGGAAUAUAUUCUGAGUGCCUUCCCAUUUGAAACUGACAAAUACAGAGCAAUGCAAAUAUUGCAAACGGUUAAUUCUUAUGUUGGAGACCAUGUAGCAGCUGGGGGUCAUCAAGGCUAUGCUGCGUUAGGGGGUCUGUACACUCAAGCCCGCCCUAUGGUACCGCAUCUUUAUGGAAAUGUUGCUGACCAAGCAAAACUAAUACCUGGCCAUGGUAAAAUAGAAAUUCCCCCAGAAGCCCAGCCAGGCGUAGUUCCCUCAAUUUACACAGGCCAUCCUUCCUAUGCCUAUCCCCCUGACCGAAGCUACGAUGAAGACAGGGGCUAUCCAGGCAACUCAGCACUGGGGCAGAGCCUGCCAGGAGAUUACCCCAAAGGGGCCCCUCCUCUAGGGUAUCACAGUGGUGCACCAAACCCUACUGGCUUCUUACAGCUGGAGUCAUAACUGAAUAAACCACAUUAUCCAUCAGGAAAACAUGUCUCCUUUUGUAAUAUCAUGCUUAAAAUGAUUACAUUGAAUAAACCAAAUGAGUGAAAUACCCCAUUUUGUAUUUCACAUGUGUAUUUUAUUUCAUCAUUUGUAUUAUAUUUUUUUAUUUCCAUUCAUUGACAUGAUAUAAAAUAGGAUUAAGAGCAUUAAAUAUCAUGACUACAUGUAACUAUAUAUACUGACACACAUAUCUGUACAGUAUUACAUGUAUUUUGAAUGGUUUUGAGUGUGUAACUUGGCACUGCAUAUAUUCUUCCAUAUAAGAAAGUUCUAUCCAAAAAUUCUGAGUAGUGAAAGAAUUUUACCAGACAGUUUUUCCCCCCCAUUGAAUUUAUGUAUUUUCGUAACAAAUUGUUUCUGUUGUGGAAAAUAAUGGUUGAUUUGAAAUGUUAUUUUUAGAAUGCUCGUUAAAAGUUUUGUUGAGUUUGUAUGUUUUUCUGAUAUUGAUUUUAAGUCUGUUAAAUUUGAAAUAAUUGUUACAUUUGAGUUGUUAUUCUGUUUUUCCCCGUAUGAUAUAUAAUGAAUUCGUGUAACCAAACUACUUACUUCACAAUUUGAGCACAGGUGAUUUGGUGCAUGUAAAGUUAACGCUGACACGUAAACGCCUAUCAGUAUUAUGUAUUCAUGGUAGAGACUAGAAAUAUUCUCAUGAUGCUAUCUAUAGCUGUAUACAGUCAUGUUGUUUUUCGUGUGAAAUACACCCCUUCUGGUUUAGACAUCCAAGAAACCUAACAUUUGCAAAAAUAAAUGUUACUUCUGGAUAACACAUUA